UGGGUUCCUCCUGGUGCAGUGGGUCCUGGGUUCUCCUGCUGCAUGGGUCCUGGGUUCCUCCUGGUGCAGUGGGUCCUGGGUUCCUCCUGGUGCAGUGGGUCCUGGGUUCAAUGCAAGUCAGUGCCACCUAUCAGUGCUGCCAAUCAGUGCCACCUACCAGUGCCAGUCAGUGCCGCCUAUCAGUGCCACCUAUCAGUGUGCAUCACUGCUGCCUAUCAGUACCUGUCAGUGCUGCCUAUCAGUGCUGCCAAACAGUGCCAGUCACUGCCAUUUAACAGUACCAGUCAGUGCCGCCUAUCAGUGCCACCUAUCAGUGCCGCCUAUCAGUGC